GAGGGGCAGACGAAGUUCAAAUCAUCUCCUCCAUCCAUCCUAAUGGGGAAGAAUCAUAUCCCAGACUCCAAUGUCUCUCUGUCCAACCAUAUCGCAGGCCAGACAGAGAUUUAAAGAAGAUUAGAUGAGGUGGAUUGCCAAUACUUAAUGGGGUCAUGCAGUACACAUAUUACUGUGAAAUAUUGCCUCUGCUGAUUGGAAGCUGAGAUGUUAUCAUCCCAUGAUAUUUGUGAGAUUCCAUAGAGCAACAGAACUGACAUUCAUCACAAGAUGAACUGCUACAGGAAAUAUUUACUGCCAACAACAUGACCACCCAAAAAACAUCUUUGAACAUCUCCUCUUCAGGGGAGACAACCCCUGUCAGCCCACCCCUCUCUCCUGGAAGAGUGGCUUUGGUUUUCCUGUCUGCAUCAGUUACAUCUCAGCCUGAUGACUACAGCUGCCGGCGCUGCAUGGAGUAAGGCUCUUUGGUCUUUAAAUGUGUAUGGUUAUAUUUGCGCCGAUUUUUGCCAUUUGUGCAUUUGCCACCUGUGGAGGAUACCAUGGCCAUCUUCAGGUUAAAGUGGACUGCUCUGCCCAGAGACAGAACAACCUCAGCAUCAAUAUUGAUUUUGGCUAUCCUUUCAGAUUGCAGCAGAUUCACUUCAAAGCUCCCUCAUGCGACACAAGCAGAGAAGAAGUCAUUUUCCUCAAUGGCGACUUCUCUGCCGCAGCUCAGUUUUUUGUAACUGUGGGUGUUUUGGCAUUUCUCUACUCCUUCUUUGCAACAAUUGUCUACGUUUUCUACCAGAACAAGUAUCUGAAGAACAACAGAGGCCCUCUGGUGGAUUUUCUUGUCACUGUUACCUUUUCUCUGCUGUGGCUGCUCAGCAGCUGCUAUUGGGUUAAAAGCCUCACUGAUAUCAAGGCAGCCACAAACCCAACAGAGGUACUCCUUCUCAUUGCUUCCUGUAGAGAGAAGGAAAAUAGAUGUACGACCACGCAGGAGCCUCUCUGGUCUCGUCUAAACACUUCCACUGUUUUUGGUUUUCUUAAUACAAUCCUCUGGUCUGGAAACAUUUGGUUUGUCUUUAAAGAGACAGGCUGGUACAAGACCGGCCAGAGAUACCCAAGUAGGACUUCUUCCAGGAAACGAUCCAGUGAAAUGCGAGAGCGACUCUACAGCGAGUCCAGCUUUGACCAGCCAGAUGACAGUUUUGGCCCCUUCAGACAGGACAGCUUCAUCGAGUCAAGAGGGGACUACGACAAACAGUUUGUGAGACAAGCUAGCAUCAACCAAUCACAAGUAAGCUUCAGCUUACCAGAGACAUAUCUGGGCAAAGCAGUGAUUUAUGAGAGAGAGAAUAAAGUAGCUUCUCAAGGACCUGUGAUUUUUGUUAAUGAGAUGUGACCUUAACAUAAUGUGAGCUAAAGUAGUGCUGUAUUCUUAUAUUACUACUCACAAAGAUAAUUAGAAAUCAGCUAAUUUUCCAGAUGUAUGAGUUAAAAUUUGUGUAAUACAAAAAUAUUAUUGGAAAAAUAUUAAGUUUAACAGUUGUCAGAUUUCAAGGACAAGGUAAGGUCACUCAGGACGUAACCUUAGUGAGGUCCUUAGCUACAGAGCAAUUUAUCUUUGCUUUACUGAAAAUUCAUUACAAUAAACACAAUACAGUAAAAACCUCCAGGUAAUAGAAAAUAGCCAUCUAUACAGAUAAAACAAAACUAAAAAGAAUUAAACCUCAUCUCAAUUACUCUUUAAAACAAAAUAGUUCAUGAACUUUUUUUUUUUUUUUUUUGCAUACACAAUGUCAUGAAAUGAUUUUAGGUACAAGAUCUCUGUGAAAGCAGUCAUUUUGCCACAACUCUCCAAAAGAAUUCAAACACUUUAAAAUAAAUAAUAAAACUAUAGCAGACCUGUCUCUUUACAGUCUUUAAUGUCUUAUUAUAGGGAUUAGCACCAUUGGUAGGAUUAUAGCUACUAAUUGUAGUCAUACGUCUCAUGUAUUUUCUCUAAAUAGAAAACUCUAAUAUUUCCCAAUAAAACUCCCAAUAUCCCAGUACAGUAUUUCACAAGGAGCACCAUUGGUGAUCAUUGUUGAGGUAAAAAUCUGAAAUAAAUCAUAAUUGAAUUUUUUUUUAAAAUACCUCAGUGAUACUUAAAAUGGCUCAAAGAAGCUUUCUGAUACUCCCACAAUGAAUUAUAAUUGAUUCUUAUUAUUAUGACUUUUUAUGGGACAUUCACUAAAAAAUAAGUUAGUGUCAAUGUUUGGUUCAGUCAGCAAGUGAAAGAUUUUGUUAGUUAAUCUCUAGUGAGCAGUUUUGCUGUCUAAUGAAAAAUUAUUUUUAAUGUUAACGUUUCACUGAUCUCGUAAUAAGGCUUUUUAAAACAGUUUAAAAAAAAAAAAAACAUUCAAAUUACAUCUUGCUAUUAAUCUAGUUGUUUCAGAUUUCUUUAAGUGUUUUCCAAAAUCUGUAAAUCUACCCUAGGUGUCAUUUCUACACAGUUCCCUCAAUGUGCCCUGCUUUUUUGGGAAUAUUCUGAAGGGAUCUUGAUUUGUAUUUUUCAGGACUUCUAAAAGGUAGUUCAAAUUUGUAGUUUGAACCUUUUAGAUUUUUUUUCUUUUUUUUUUUACCACCGAUUCUUAGUUCAGUUUAUGUGAAAGCAUUUUAUUCUUCAAAUGUUGCAUUUUGGAGCCUUUAAAUGCCAGAAUGGUUUAUGUCAAACUCCAAACUAUUCCCCUGACAGAGGAAAUGAAUAUGAAGAUAAAAAGGACUUUGAACAGACCAUCAUAGAGUCUAAUGAAAUAUUGAUAAAGCCUAGUUUUAAAGAUUGUAAGAAAGUCUAUGUCUCUAAGAUUGAAAAUACAAAGAAAUUAUUGAUCUUUGCUUUAGGAUUGUGUUAUAAAAGUUGAUAUUCCUGGAUGUUCCAUUUGUAUUUUGGGUCAGGUCAUAUGGUAUGUGUAUGAACAUUGCAGUAGCAGUAGAAGAAAGUGUUUAAUGUGUGACUGAUAUCUGUGACUUGGCAUUGACGUUUUGUUGCAUGGUUUUUUGUAUUGGUGGAUUUCUUGAUAUUCUAAUUUGCAUAUCUCCUCCCUAUCUUCAUUUGGAGAUCUGAAAUGUUGUAUUUCUCUUGAUUGCAAAUCCUGCAGUUUUUAAAAAAAAGGUUAAUUCAAGGUCAGAAGUAAAAAGAUAAACCCUUGUACAGUAACAAGAAGUCAGGAUUUUUGUCUUUGAAAAAAAUACUGCAGGUUUUCAUUUAUUUGAAAAAUUAAAAAUAAUUGUUAUUUUAUCUUUUGCUUACAUACUCAUUAAAUACUUAACAUUUAGAUUUUAAUUGUACUUUGAAGCAGGUGUUAAUGCUUUUUCUUAUUUACUUUUAUGUGAGAAUGCAUUGUUCCUCUUUAUUUCUGUGGUAAAUGGGUCAAAACAGAGGCGAUUUGAUGUAAAAUCUUCUAUAAAUAAUAAAUGUGAGAAGUUUA